UCUACCUUCCGUGAAAUUUCGAACAUAAAGCAAAAUAUUCAAUUCUUUCCUUCGGUGCGAAGAGAAUUUAUUCUUUCACGACAUCAAGCUUAGGAAGUCCCGUCGAUCACCGAACGAAAUUCAUCAACCGGUCGAUCAUGUGGGUCGCAAUUGUCGGUGGACUGAUCGUUUAUGCCUUGUUCAAGCUUUUCUUCUCCGGCGACGACGAUGUUAUGGAGGUUGAGACCUCCGAUUUUAACGCUAUUUUCGCCGUCGCCACUAGGUUUGAAAAGCUUUAUGGUGGUAAGGCUUACAUUGGGCUUCGGAUUCCUGAUGCUGACACCGGUUCUCGGCGGAAUAUUGAUCUCGUAGUGGUCACCAAAGAGGAGUUAUUGCUGAUAUCUGUCAAGAACUUAUCAGGAUUUGUCUCCAUCAAUUCGGAUGGUUCCUGGGUUUGUGAUGAUGGAAGGCAUAAGGCAAAGACUCUUCCUGAUCCUGUUGAAGAGACCAAACAAUUGAUACCAGUUCUUGAAUCUUACCUUGAACAAAGAGGAGUGGAUCUUCCAGAGGGAUAUUUGUCAUGCAAAGUUGUACUUCCAAAUCCCAAAUUCCGUACAAUUGACUCAGGGUUAUUUCCGCCCGAGGUUACUACCUAUGACCAGUGGAUGCAGCUGAAACCGGGACACAGUUCCUUCUCUGGCUGGAUGAAAGGUGCAUUUCGUGGAAAGAAAGAAUUGCAGGAUGAACCUCUGGAUCAAAAGCUUAAAGCUAUCCUUGGCACUGCACCGAUGUGGGAUAAAUUGGAGCUCAAAGGGAAAUAUAUACUAGGAGAAUUUCUGGAAUUCAAGGGCAAGGAAGAAGAUGUUCAGGAUUUGAGAGAUAUCAAACGGUCAAAAAUUAGUCAUCUGACCAUUCAAAAGACGAGCAUGCUUGGAUUCGCUCCUACAAGGCUACAAGUAUUAUACGGUCCACGUGAUUACCGAAGUGGGGGCUUAGCUCCAACUUCAGAGUGGAAAGAAGUGACAGUAAGAUCGAGCACAGAGAUUUUGUUUCAACCUCAAAAUUCGUCGAAAGCUCGUAAGUUCAAACUCUCUUCAGUUAUCUCCUUGACUCUGAGUGCGUAGAGAGAUAGAUAGAUAUAUGGCCAUGUAGUAUCUAUCACUUUGCUUAUUGUCUAUCUCCUCAAUGGCUGGUUGCUGUUUAGUUUUUAAGGAUAAACUGUAUUUCUACGUUCUGCUAUUAAUUAUUAGAAGAGAAAAAUUUAAUAGUUAACUCUCUUUUUUUUGGGUUAUUAAGGAGGUAUAAUAAUUAAAU